UUUGUGUUUGUGUGUGUGAAACAGCAGUUAGCAUGAUAACAAGGUUGUGUGCGUUUGCGAAUAAAAAUGGACUCGCCGCCCCGCUGAUAAAUGUGAUGACUAUCGAUGUUAGGCACAAAAUCGGCACCAGCAUGGAAGAAGCGACUACUCCAGCGGAUCAGCGAAAUGUGGAGAUAAAGGCACGGAUUCCUGGCGGCAGCGAGGACUUUGUACGCCGCCUGGACAUCGCCAAGCGGCUGACGGGCAGCCAGGCGGGGGAGCUCAUCGUCCAGCGCGAUGUCUUCUUCGAAUCGCCGCUGGGCGGGCGUCUCAAGCUGCGCUACUUGCAGGCUCCGGCGCGCUCCCAGCUGGUAUACUACAAUCGUCCGGAUGUGGCUGGCCCCAAGCUCUCCUGCUUCAACAAGAUCGAGGUGGACGAGCCGGCUGUGCUGGAGAAGAUUCUGGCCCAGACGAACGGCAUCCAGGGCCAGUUGGCCAAAAAGCGGCAUUUGUUCAUACACGAGCAGACGCGCAUCCACCUGGACGAGGUGCAGGACCUCGGCCACUUCAUGGAGUUCGAGGUCUGCCUGCGACCGGAGCAGACCCUCGAGGAGGGCCAGACCAUUGCCGAGCAGCUGGCAGCGACUUUCGGAAUUCAGAAGGCGGACCUCAUGACCGGCUCCUACUUCGAUGCCCUGCGCAGCGGUCAGUGAAUGCUUCGGCCAUU